AUAGACUCUGCUUGUAGGAAGUCUAAUAGUGACAUCGUUUCUCUUUUAAAAUGCUUUGACAAGGAAAAAAACUUGUUUCAGUUUGGGGAAAUUACUGGUACCAUAUCUGUAGGUGACAUUCCAGAACUGUUUGGUUUGAAUAUUGAAGGUCGUGAGAUCAACCUUAACCAGAAGAAGAGAAAAGGGGAUUCUGACUUCAUUAAAAGACGAUUCCCUGGAGUGAAAAGGUUGUCCAAGGUGAUCCUGGAGCAACUAAUCAAAGAUGUAUCUAACACUAUUACGCUUGGCAUUUUUGAAAGAUAAGGGUAAAUCAAUUAUUAAGAGCAAGAUGAUAUGGAAACAUGUGAAAAGAGAAGGGCAAGUGAGUCUAUUUACGUUCAAUGUAUCAAGCAAAGACAGGGACUUGCUUACCUGGUUGGGAAGGAAUAAUGUUCAUCAUUUCCCUAUUAUUUCAAGCAAGGAAUGUCCUAAACAAGAUCCUUCCAGUGUGGACAGCGGGAUUGCUGUGACGUACAUUAUCAAGCGAUUAUCGGAAGGUCUUGAAUUAGAGUCUACCUUUAAAAAAGGUGCCAUGACUCAGCAGAGAGCACAUGUUUUGGGAAGGUUCUUAAGUGACAACAAUGACGGUUAGGCUCAUCUUUGUGUAAGGAGUUUGGGAGGGACAAGAAUGCCAUUUGGAAGGCCUUUCAUCAGUUUUUAUGUCUUUUCUGGAAUGUUAAUGAUUGUGGAUGCUUAAAGUGAUCUUAUAUGUAUUUUUUGCAAUGUUUGAGAAUUUGUAUGAUUAAAGUGUGUUUCUUAAAACACGAUGGAUCGUGUGGAAAUCAUUUUAUUUCUGAAUAAAUUUUUUUU